CAAAUUAUGAAAACUCAAAAACGUAAUAAAAAAGGUAAAAUAUAUAAAACAAACCCCUAUAUUAAUAAAGUAAUAAGAAACCUAAACAAUAAAAUUAAAGAGUUAUAAAAUACAUAACACCAAGAUAUAAAUUAUAUAUUUAAAUUUAUAUAAUAAUAUCAAAAUUAAAUAUUUAUAAAAUGAAAAUAUACUUGCACGAUAUGCGGGUUAAACUCUAGUUAAUGUUAAAAGAAAUACCCUUUUUUUUGUAACUCUGACGUUUUCAUUUGAAACAAACCUUAAGUUCAGAUUAGCUAGCAACACUAAAUUAGUUUUUGGCAUAACUAAAAAAAUAAAUUACCUUAGCAUUUUAAUCCAGAAAAUACAUGCACGACCAAAGUAGUAGUAAAUGAUUUUGUGACAUUGGAAGUCACACGAACAUUUGUGUAUAAGUGAGCUGGAAACCAAAGUCUUUAUAGUUCCCGAGAAUUGAAAAUCUCUCAAUGAUCAAAUUUUCAGUUCCAACUAACUUCCUUUAUGGUCUCGGACUUACCAUAUUGUAAUAAGUAUAACAAUAAUUAUCAUAUUUAUUAAUCCAAACCUACCGUAGACACAAUCUUAUGUCAUGCUACAUGAAUAUUGUAAGUAAAUUUGUAACAAGCGUAUUCGUGGUUCGUACCGAAAUAAGAUUGACAAUUGUGUCCUUAAUUCAGUUUGAAGCCUUAAUACUGUAUAUGUUUUUUGGUUAUCUACGAAGAUUAUCACCCAUACAAACUAUUUUAGAAAUAAAAAUAAAGUUUUCAUUUUAUAAGUUUGUCAUAUAUACACAAAACAGAUGCGUUAUUAACUUUAGAUCUUUAGUGAUGUAUUCUUUUCUAGUUUUGAAUUAUAACUUUUCCGUGGCUUAAUACAAUUCAUCGUUAAAAUACUAUACUUUUCAACGAAUAGAUACGUUAUUAGAAUAAUAGUUCAUCACUAGGAACGACACCGCCAAAUCAAUGCUGUUGUUACAGUUCCAAUCUUCAAAAACAAAAUAAGGUUUUCAGAGUUUACACUUGACACCUAAACAAAGACUUUAAAGAAUCGUAGAAGACGACCGAUAUGCAAGUAACCGGCCAUGUCUUGUCAAGACUAUCCCAUAUUCAUUAUAGUUUUAUGGAUGCUAAACGCAGUUCGAGAUAAUAAGAAGGUAUGAUCAUAUAUCAAAAUCCGAAAUCCGAAGAUGACGAUCCUGCUAAUAUCACAAGUUCACAAUAAUUAUUUAAUCCUGAUGCGAAUUGCAAUCAUUAAAUUGCGGCAACUGAUAUGCUUUUCCAAAACUUGAUUAAACAAUUAGAAUGGCUACAACUUUUUUAAUACUAUAUACUUGGAAAAUUUUGCAUGGUUCUAGUGGAUUGUGUAAUUGUAACGUGAAACAUCGGAAGAUAUGGUAUGAUUAUCAUAUCAAGACAGAAGCAAUAAAUAAAAAAGCAAGCUUCUGAUACAUGAAAUACAUCUGGCCCUUAUACACAUACACGUUUUAGACAAACCUGAAAAGUCAUCUUCGUAGAAUAAUGCCAACACAUGUCAGGUAUUCACUGCAGUGUUUGCUACCCAUAUCUUUUGUUCCAUUCUUUUUCUUCACUUUACAAAAAUCAUUAAUUUUGUCCUUCAUGUUGUCGGUUCUAGUAUUGAAGGUUAUAAUUUCAUUAAAAUUUUAAAAGAAAGCAUAUUUUCUGAUAAUUACCGUUAAAUUGUUGCUGGUCGGUUGUUUUAUAAGUUUUCAAAAGAUGGAUUUGCCGUUUUACGUAUGGACUAAUUAAAAUUAACACAACGAGAAUGCGUCUAAGGUGCAUAAUUAUUGUUUUAUUCUGUCGAUUUGCAACACCCAACAAAACCACUGAUGACUAAGGGAAGAAACACACCAAUAACUUUUGAAAAAUAUAUCUGACAUUUUUGUUUUAAGAGUAGAUAUUUAAAAGUCCAAACUAGUUUUACAUAAGAAUGUACGGUAAAACAUUUUGAGUUUUUUUUUUUGUUACAAACAAAAACAUUUCAAGUGAGAUUACAUGUAAACAGUAAACAAAGGAAGCAUUGUCAAUAUAUCAGCAAGUAACCAAAACCAAUUUUGAGUUCAAUACUGUCACAUUGUACCUAUAAAUAGACAGAAGAAGGCUCCAGCACUGUCAACGUACCAAACAACCGAUCUCUCUCAUCCCUCUCUACUUUUGUCUUUCAGAACACAAACUCCUAAAAACAAAAACCAAAAGAAAAAUGGAAGAAGCCCUAAGAAAGUUCAGCGAGUCUACCCACUCGCUCAUCCCCGGUUACGAACCCGACCAGUAUCCUUUAACGAGAAACUUCACCAACACAAAGUCCUCAAACCGCAAACCGGCUUCAAAAGAGACAAGAGUCACCUCUCUCGGAACUGGCAACGCCACGACGAGGUACCGCGGCGUUCGUCGUAGGCCGUGGGGACGCUACGCGGCGGAGAUACGUGAUCCAACGUCGAAGGAGAGACGGUGGCUAGGAACGUUCGACACGGCGGAGCAAGCCGCAUGUGCUUACGACUGUGCAGCACGUGCGUUUCGUGGAUCUAAGGCUCGUACGAACUUCACUUACCCUGUUGCCGUUGCUGUUCCUGAGCAUAGGUUCCCUUUCUUCCCAAAGAAAUCUUUAACGUCCGCUCGUUCUUCUGUACCGUUGGAUCACUCUACUCAUGAGUUCUACGGUACACCGGCACCGCAGAAGAUUAACAACGACGCCUCGUAUUCCUCUCGCAAAACUGCGCCGUUUAACUCUCUCAACGGCUCUUCUUCUUUUUAUUCCUACUCUCAGCCAAAAACGGCAAGCGUUUCGUCUUCCGUUUACGACUACGACACGGAGUUUUUCCCGCAAGAAUCUUCCGACUCUGGUCUCUUGGAAGAGGUCGUUAAAGAGUUCUUGAAGAAAAACCGCAACCACCCUCUUCCGCCGCCGCCGCCGAUGAUCGGAGAUCUAGAGAGCACUGGUGGUGAUUUGUCUGCUCUCUCUAACGUCUCGGACAGUUUCUUUCAACAGACAACGGAGCCUAUAACGUGGACACUAGAAGGCCACGGAAACAACAAUCAAGCUGGUGGCUACGGUUAUUUCAACGGCGCUAUCCCCGCCGCAGACAGUGAUUUUACGUACGGAUCAGAGGCGUGGGGGUAUCAAGAAAUGUUGAUGUACGGUGGUCAGCUGGGAUGUACUUACCGCAAACCAUGGGGAUAAGCUAGAGAUAUUCAUCAUGAUAUCUAUAUUCUAUAGUUUUCAAAAGUUUCUACUUUUUUUUAUUUCUAUGUUGGAUAUUAACUAAACAGUUGUUAAGUUGAAAACUUGAAAUAACUAUAGACUUUUGAUAUGUGGUUUCUAGAUGAAGUUUAGCUUCUGUAAGUCUUUCUAAUAUUUUAGUUAUAUGAAAACUUGGAUCUUUUUCAGUCUCUACUGUUAUUGGGAUUGCAUUUUUGUAAAAUAUCACUAACUCAGUAACACUGCUGCUUCGAGAAUAUGAAAUUACUAAAUCUUUUGUUGAUAAAAAAAACUAAUCAGUUGUACGAGCAUAACUUACAGAUUAAAUGUUUACAUACAACUUAUAAUAAAAUAUAAAGUAAGUUUUUAACCUUUAUAGCAACGAUAUCGCCCCUAUUUAAAAGUGAAUCUGCAUGCAUACUGAAAAUAGGCUUUUAUUCGUACAAAAGGCAGAGUUUGUCUCUGUCUGACUGUCUCCUCCAAUUUAUCGUGCUCUCUCAAUCUAUCACCAUAUGAAAAGCCAAAUUAGUAUUGCCCUGACUAGUAAUAAAGGAUCACGAAUUUAAACCUGGAUCUUUUUUUUUUCUUUCUUUAAAAGUUGCUUUGUUCUGUGUACAAGUGAAUGAAAAUGGUCCUUACAAAGAUAUGUUCAUUACAUAGCAUAAGAGCAUCUCAAAAAAAUAUUUUAUAACUUCAAAUAUGAAGAUUUUUGCCCUCCAAAAAGAAAUUUUGAAACUUCAAAUUUAAAACUUUAUUUGAAGUUUCACUUCUCAAAAGUUCAAAUUUGAAAUUUCAUAUUUUUAUUUGCAUUUUGGUCUCUACAAUUACACAUCACAUUUUUAAUUUUUAAAUAUUUUCUUGUUUGUCGUAUUAAUCCUAAAAAAAUUCAUAUCUCAUAAAAAAUCAUUUUUUUAUAAAUUUAAGUUUUACACAUAAAGUUAAAUAAAACAUUAAAAAGAGAUUUAAAAUAUUUUAAAACUAGAUUUAGACAACAACAAUACAAAAGAAACAUAACAACAAAAAAA